AUGAACUCGGGMUCCUUCCCUCUCUCCUGCCCGCCCGGGCUGAGCCGCGGGGCCCCGGCCCUGCGCCCCUCCGAGUCCCCGACGGCGCCGGGCCGCGGCUGCGGGCGACCGGGGGAGGGCGGCGGGGGCCGCCCGCAGUUCGCCCCGUCCAUCCCCGCCGGCCGCGACCCGGAGCGCGGCCACCCGCUGCCGUGGGGGUCCCCGCAGCCCGGCCCCGUCUCGCCGGCCCCCGGGGCGGCCCCGGCGGCGCCGCCGCGGCCCUUCGAGUGGAUGCGAGUGAAGCGGAGCCCGCCCGUGAGAAGCGGCGCGGCGCCGUGCGGGGCGCAACCCCCGCGCACCAGCUUCAGCACGAAGCAGCUCACGGAGCUGGAGAAGGAGUUUCACUUCAGCCGCUACCCGUCGCGGUCCCGCCGCCUCGAGGUGGCCCGGGCGCUGCAGCUCCGCGACGCCCAGGUCAAGGUCUGGUUCCAGAACCGCCGCAUGAAGCAGAAGCAGCGCGAGCGGCUCGGGCKGCCCGCGACCCCCGCCGCCCGCCCGGGCCCCGCCGCCGCCGCCCCGGCCUCCUCCUAA